AUGAAUGUGAUGCCAAUGGAGGCACCAGUAUGCCUAAUAGAGAACACUGCAGAUGGGAAGCUGAAACUGAAUGAAAAAGGACUCAAAAUCCUCUCCAAUAUUAAGGUUCCUGUGGUCGUAGUUUCUAUAGUUGGGCUCUACAGAACAGGAAAGUCAUACCUGAUGAACAGGUUGGCUGGAAAAGCACAUGGUUUUUCUCUUGGCUCAACAAUUCAAUCUCAUACUAAAGGCAUUUGGAUGUGGUGUAUCCCUCAUCCCACAAAACCAGGCCACUGCCUUGUACUGCUUGAUACUGAAGGUCUAGGAGAUGUGAAGAAGGGAGACAAGGACAAUGAUAACUGGAUUUUUGCUCUUACAGUUCUCCUUAGCAGCACAUUAGUGUAUAACAGCAUGGGAACCAUCGAUCAGUAUGCAGUGGACAACCUUCAUUUUGUUACUGAACUAACAGAGCUUAUUAAAGUUAAGUCUAAAUCUGAAGAUGAUGAAACACUGGAGUUUGUUCAGUUCUUCCCAGGAUUUGUCUGGGCAGUGAGAGACUUCACCUUGGACCUGUCAUUAGAUGGAAAAAAAAUUACUGAAGAUGAGUAUCUGGAUCAUGCUCUACAACUUAAACAAGGCAUUGGGAAAAAAGUUUCAGAAUACAAUCUUCCAAGGGAGUGCAUUAGAACAUUUUUCCCAACUCGGAAGUGCUUUACGUUUGUGAGACCAAUAAGUGGAAAUGAUCUGCGGAAUAUUGAAAAUGUGCCUGAGGACAAGUUUGACCCCAAAUUUCUAGAAAGUGCUCAUAGAUUCUGUGAACAUAUUUAUGAAGAUUCUCAAGUAAAAACACUUCAAGGUGGAAUAAAAAUUAGUGGGCAAGUUUUAGGUUCGUUAGUUAAAACAUACCUGGAUACAAUCAACAGUGGGGCUGUGCCUUGUCUGGAGGAUGCUGUUACCUUAUUAACAAACUCAGAAAACACAGCAGCUAUAGCAGAUGGACUAGCACAUUAUAAUGAACGAAUGGAAAAAAUUGUCAAGUUUCCUAUUCAGUCAGAAGAGCUAUCCAAAAUACACAGUUUAUGCCAACAAGAGUCUUUGCAAGUUUUUCUAAAGAGAUCUUUCAAAGAUGAAAACCACACUUAUUUCCAGCAGUUUAUGACUGAACUGAUUAAGAUUUAUGAAGAUAUAUGCUGGAAAAAUGGGGAGAAGUCAGUUGAGAUAUGCAACAAACUCAUCAAAAAACUUUCUGCAGAUAUGGAAGAGAAAAUAGCAAAUGGUGUAUAUGCUCAGCCUGGGGGUUAUAAACAGUACUGCGAGGAUCGAAGUCUACUCCAAGAACAUUAUUUGUGUGCUCCUGGAAAAGGUAUCAAGGCUGAGGAUGUGUUGGCCGAGUACCUGAGGCAAAAGCAGGCUGAAUCAGAACACAUUCUCAGGAUGGACAACAUGCUUACUGACAAAGAGAAAAUGCUGGAACAGGAGAAAGAAAGAGCCGCCCUGCUUGAACAAGAAAAGAAAGCAAAUGAAGAAGCAAUUAGAAGGACACAGCAGAAGCUUGAGGAUGAAAAAAUAAAUCAGGAAAAGAACAUAAAAGAAAUUAGAGCCAAAAUGGAAACAGAAAAAGAAAACCAAAUAAAGGAGCUAGAAAAGACAAUGGAAAGUACUAUGAAAGAAAAGGUAGCUUUACUUGAACAAGGCUUCGCAAAAAAAUCAGAAUUCCUAGAAAAUGAAAUUUCAAGGUUGCAAAAACAAUCUCAAACUGUAGAAGCUUCUAGUAACUCCUAUGGUGGAAUACUUCAAAGCUUACUUCCUCAAGUGUUAAACACUGCCUGUUCCAUAUACCAAACAAGAGCACUGACUGCUAGUUUUAAGAAAUGAUACACACACACAC